ACGGAUUAAAAAUUUUAAUAUGACAAUUUUAUUCGCUAAUAACUACCGAGUAGUUAGUAUGUUACUGACUUACUGUAGUUUCUUCCUUGAAAGCUAAAUUUUGCCCAAAAACACCAUCAGCGCACCAUAAAUUUUCCCAUUGUUUGAAAGUAUGGCAAGUGCAGAUCAGACUGCACCACCUCUUGAUCUGGACGAUCUGCUGCAGCAGACCUUGGCUGACUUCGACAAACCCGAUCUCCUUCCCAGUGAAAAAUCUCUCAACAAUCCGUCCGCUCCUGGUGCCUCCCAUCCCACGCCAUCUGCAAAAUCUCCCCACCCCCCUACUGCGCAUCCACCCCCACUAGCCGAUGACGAUGAGAAGUUUUUCCGUGAAACCUCCCAGGAGAUCAACGAGAUCCUCACCUCCAUCGACCAGGAAGAUCCCGCGCUAGCUCAACAACUCCGCACCCUCACCGAGUUCGCCAACAGCGUCCACAAUCCCGACGAGCAGACCGCCAUGUACAAUUUCACCCAAUUUGCGUCGCUCUUCAAGGAAACCCUGCAGACCAUCAGCACCCACACGGGACUGCAGUCGGACGAACUGGUGGAUGACGAUCUGACGGAUAUCAUGGAGAAUCUGGAUAAAUUAGCCAUUGGUGAGGAGAGCGGUGCGGGUGCGACAGAGGGGAUUCCCGAUGUGGUGCAGUCGAUGCUGUCGAAAUCUGUGAUGCUCAGUUCGUUGCAAAAGUGUCAUGAGGAGUAUGCGCCGUGGAUUGCGGAGAAACGCGGGACACUGGCGCCGAAGGAGCUGGAAGGGUGUGAAGCGCAGUUGGCGCAAGUGGGCGCCUUGAUUGCCGAGUAUGAAAAAGCCGAGGAGCCGUGUUAUGCGCGCAUUGUGGAGAUGAUGGCGCGGUUGCAGGAGUUGGGGGAAUUUCCGGAGGAACUGAUGGCGAAAGUUAAUACUAAAGCGUUUGUCGGGGGAACGGAGGGGAAACGGGAUGAGCGGCCGGAACUGGAUGUUCCGGACUGCAGGACGUCGUAAUCUGUUUUUUUUAUCUUUUUGGUCGUUCAUAUUGCCAGUUCAUAAUUACAAUUCCAGUUCAUUUUUUUAAAUUUUUUGUAGUGGUUGCUUUCGCCGUAUUACGCUUUGGCAUUGUGGUGCACGUUGGCUGCUAUAUUGUAUAUCUGCUAGUCAGAAUCUCUACGAGUAUUGUUGUGUGUAUUAACAUUAUUUACAGUUUACAAGUGCUCGCUGCAUUUACAGUAACUUACAUGAGUUACAGACUUACAGUCAUAAAAUAA